UCGCUGCAGAUCGUAACGUGAAUUUUCACGCUGCUGUGGAGGAAAAAAAACCCGCGGAAAAUCAUCAUCAGCCGUCAUCGCGUUGGAAAAACGCCUUGUGGAGAUCCAGAAGAAGAAAAAAAAGUAUUUCCAAGUAUUAGUGUCUAGACUGUAAAUCUUGGAGAAAAGAAGAAGAAAAAGAAUUAAUUUUCCACCGAAAAAAAAAACCCGACGACAGUAUAGUGCGUUACAAACUCACCAUCUGGGACCAGCGAGGGGAAAACUAGACUCUAGAGAACUUGCAGCAGAGCCGGUUCAGUCGGUGUUUUCGGGUCGUGUCGAACGGAAGAACCUCAGCGCAAAUCGGUCGAGUACGUCGUCCUCGGUCGUGUGAAGCAGACCAGUCCAGCGCAACCUUUGGCGCAUUUUAAGUGACAGUGAUUAUUUUGCUCCUGAUUGUGUUUCCCUUUUGUCCGUGUGCGCGUAAGCCGACCAGCAGCCAACAAUGGAUGAUCUCCCAGCAGAACAGAUUGCAAUCCUGCAGAAGGCCUUCAACAGCUUCGACCGCGAAAAGACUGGCAGCAUCUCGUCCGAGACGGUCGCCGAAAUCCUCCGGUUGAUGGGCCAGCCCUUCAACAGCAAGAUCCUCGAGGAGAUGAUCGAGGAGGUCGACGAGGAUGGAUCCGGCCAGAUCGAGUUCUCCGAGUUUGUGACGCUCGCGGCCAAGUUCAUCGUGGAGGAGGACGAGGAAGCGCUGCAGAAGGAGCUGCGGGAGGCGUUCCGUCUGUACGACAAGGAGGGCAACGGCUUCAUCCCCACCAGCUGCCUGCGCGAGAUCCUGCGCGAGCUGGACGACCAGCUGACCGACGACGAUCUAGACAUGAUGAUCGAGGAGAUCGACUCGGACGGGUCGGGCACGGUUGACUUUGACGAAUUUAUGGAAAUGAUGACCGGUUAAGCUGCGCCAGGACUUUUACUCGCGUGUGUCACCACCCACCACCCAGCACCCACAACGUCAACGAUUUCGUCAUCGUCAUCCGAGAACCACCCACUCCUCUUUCCCGCGCUUCCCCCUUCCUUGAAGAAAGUCCCUCGCCUUUUGCCCUCUAAAAGUUUCAUCAUUCUUUCAUGUUUUAGAGCAACUUGUGUGUUGAACGUGUAUUGUUACUGGGAGUCAGUUUGAAGUUUAAAGUCUGUCUCGGCUAGCGCAGAUAGCAAAGUUUUUUGUAGCGAAGAAACGGAGUCACAAUGUACGGAUUAAGUUGUAAGCUAAAUCAAACUAAACAAAAAAAAGAAAACAAACGCUGCGGCAAACCUAUUAGUAUUUUACUUGCAAAUCUUUGGAAAUCUAUUUAAAGAUUCGUUUUAACUGAAUUGUGUAGCAUUGUUUCUCUGCAUUAAGAAAAUAUUACGAACUUUUUUUUUAUUUUUUGUAUCUUCUGCAUUAUUAAUGUUUAAUAAUAAAGAAAACCAGGUUAAUU